AUGCGCAGCGAGAGUCGUUUGGAAUCUGCCAACUUCAUUCAGUACGAUGCCAGGUUCCCGAUAAUCCUCCCGAGGGGACAUCACGCAACAAAUCUUUUAUUAGAUUGGUAUCAUCGUAAGUAUAGACACGAGAACGGAGAAAUAAUCGUCAACGAAAUACGCCAGAGAUUUUCCAUUGCACGAUUGAGAAUUGAAGUGCGGAAGGCAGCUAAACGCUGUCAAUGGUGCCGAGUCUUCAAGGCGGUGCCAAAUGCACCACGAAUGGCUGCUCUUCCUCCCGCCAGGCUCAUGCCAUUCAUUCGACCGUUCACAUGCACCGGAAUCGACUAUUUUGGUCCCUAUCUUAUUAAAAUAGGAAUAAGUUGCGUGAAAAGGUGGGUGGCACUAUUCACCUGCCUCACCAUAAGAGCAGUACAUUUGGAGCCUGUAACGGGUUUAACGACAGAUUCAUGUAAGAAGGCGAUACGGAGAUUCAUCGCGCGUCGGGGUGCACCACAAGAGAUUUUUAGUGAUCAGGGGACAAAUUUCAUCGGAGCGAGCAGAGAAUUGAGGGCCGAAGUGGAGGCAUUGAAUAAUGGAUUGGCGAGCACGUUCACAGAUACUUAUACGCAGUGGCAUUUCAACCCUCCAGCAUCGCCACACAUGGGAGGUUGCUGGGAGCGAAUGGUUCGUGCAGUUAAAGCAGCUAUAAAUUGUGUUCCAGAAGCCAGAAAGUUGGACGAAGAGUCAUUUCAUACGCUGUUGACUGAAGCGGAAUCGAUGAUCAAUUCCAGGCCAUUGACCUACAUACCAUUGAAAAAUUCAGAGGAAGAAUCGCUAACCCCGAAUCAUUUCCUUCUGCUUAAUUCGAAGGGAACUUGUCAGCCGAUGAAGACACCAGUACAAGAUGGUAUUGUACUGAGGAGUAGCUGGAACCUUAUUCAGAAUGUUUUGGAUCGUUUUUGGAAUCGUUGGGUUAAAGAGUAUUUGCCAACAAUCUCACGAAGAACUAAGUGGUUUUCUGAUACUAGGCCAAUUAAGGUGGGAGACUUGGUAGUAGUAGUGGAUGAUCAAGUAAGAAAUAAAUGGGUGAGAGGACGGGUCUUGAAGGUAUUCCCAGGUAAAGAUGGAAGAGUUCGGAAGGUAGAACUGCAGACUUCGACAGGAGUGUACCAAAGGCCGGUUGUUAAGUUGGCUUUGCUGGAUGUCGAAGGUUCUAGUACAGCUUAG